UCUCUCCAAUCCAAACUACAUUUUGCGGACCAUAUCAACAGUGGAUUUAUUAACAAAUUAGAAUAGCUAUUCAAAUGUGUUUUUUGAGUAAAAUAUCCCUUUAAACCUCACUUCAGCGCUCUCUUUUUUUUCGAGGUGGUUCUCUCGACCAGUCCUUUCCUGUUUGAUAAGUCUGAGUCUGAGUGAGAGGCAAGCAGUUAAUGGCAACGGGGACACUGACAGUGUAGCUGGCGAACCCGUUUUGUUCAAGAGAUACGGCAACAUUUGACUUAUUUGAACUAUAAUGCAUUACUAAGUAUCUCCCGGGGUAUAGGCGAAACAUUAUAUGCAGACAGUGUUUGUUGCUAGAAUAUUGUAAGCUAACAGUUAGCUAGCUAACAGUGCAAUGUUUUGAACGUCGAUGACACCAGAAUUAGUUGUGCACUUCGUUUAUUGCUAGCUAAUUAUAUUAUUAGGUAACUUAGCUACAUUAUACCAAAAGUAUCACUUUUUAGAGAUGGACAACGUUACUUCAUCGUCACACCAUCAUGCAUAUGAAUCAGAGGGCCAGGGGCACAGUCCACCAUACAGGAGGCGGACGGUGGAGGACUUCAACAAGUUCUGCACAUUUGUGUUGGCAUAUGCAGGCUAUAUCCCAUAUCCCCAGGAGGACUCUCCUCUGCGUAGUAGCUCCAGCCCCCCCAACAGUACAGGCAGUACAGCAGACAGUGAUGGCUGGACCCCUGUCCCUCAACCCCCCUCUUGCCCCCCACGGCCCCCCAUACCCCUGCAGGACAAGAACAGGAAACGACCCCAUCCCACGGGAAUCCACCCUGGGGCCUCACUAUCCAGCCAUGUUAUGAAAAAUCAUGGCCAUUUAGCGUCCUCCCUGCACCCAGAUGACCAGAGGAAAGCCAACCAACUGAAGAAGAGGAGGAAGGACCGGGAGAGCCAGGCCGGCGAGCCGAGCUCUGCACAUCAGGCCGACGCAAUGAGCCCAGAGCCACAGUUCUCCCUGCCCCUGGGAGGACGACCAAUCAAAGACGAGCCUGAGGAUGACUUCUUCAUCCCCCUCCACCCUUCGUCCCCUCACCCCCUGCCCAGCCCCUCUCACUUCAAUAACUCCUCCCCCUGUAAGCAGGAGCACAAUGAGGAGUGGGAGUGCUGGGCGGGACAGGGGCUGGUGGAGGGCAUGGUGAAGGUGGAGAGUGUGGAGAGUUUUACUGGGAACAGGACGGUGAUCCGACAGGGGAAACAGGUGGUGUUCCGAGAUGAGGAUGGCUCCGGAGAGGAUGAGGACAUCAUGGUGGACUCCGAUGAUGACUCGUGGGACCUGGUGACGUGUUUCUGUAUGAAGCCGUUUGCAGGCCGGGCCAUGAUUGAGUGUAACCAGUGUAACACGUGGAUCCACCUGUCCUGUGCUAAGAUCAGGAAGUCCCACGUUCCUGAGACUUAUAUGUGUCAGAGCUGCAGAGGCACACUGGGCCUGGCAGACACCCGCCGCUCAUACCGCUCACGCAUUGGCCCCCGCAGACACCUUCUUGACUGACCCCAUUGCAAACCCCUUCACCCCUCUCACCUACAUUUAGACCAUGCCCCAUACGGUUCUAACCCCAACCCGGUCCUGUAACGCAUGCCCCAGGCCAGCCCUUUCGUUUUGUCCCUGACCCCAGUCCUACCCCAUGCCCCAGGCCCUUUUCCUCACCCCUAUUGUGUCGACUAAGCCUACUAGCCAUCCCUCGCGUUCUUCAACACCCCCAAACUAAACCGAUCCGAGUGCUAUUUAAGAUUUAUUAUACAUUUGACGGUUUCUCUCUGCUUCCUUCCGGACUCUGUGUGCGUAAGUCAAUCACUGAAUGUCUGUCUGUAGUAGUACAAUAGUUGACCAGUAGGGUUGGACUCCGUAGUCUAGUCUGGCUGACCGGUUAGCUCCGACUGGAUAGAGACUAGCGACGCAUCUCGCAUGAACAGUGGAAAGCUGUCUUCAUUCUUAAACUGUCGGAGAGAAUGGCCUAUAGAGCUGCCACCCAACAGUGUGCAUUUUGGGACGUUGGCCUUUUGCACUUAUUUCAUGCGUUAAAGGGGUGUGUUGACUUGCCAACCCCUUCUCCCCCAACCACCCUCUCAACUAGGUGGUUGGGGGAAGCCUUUGUCUAAAGCCUCAAGCAGAGGGUCUGUAGAUAAUGAUGUCCAGUUCUAUACUGAACAAAAAUAUAAAUGCAACAUACUGAGUAAGGAAAUUUGUCAAUUGAAAUAAAUGGAUUCUAUGGAUUUCACAUGACUUGGUCACACACACACUUAACAAAAAAAAAGGUAGGGUCGUGGAUCAGAAAACCAGUUAGUAUUUGGUGUGACCACCAUUUGCCUCAUGCAGCGCAACACAUCUCCUUUGCAUAUAGUUGAUCAGGCUGUGGAAUGUUCUCCCACUCCUAUUCAAUGGCUGUUCGAAGUUGCUGGAUAUUGGCAGGAACUGGAACGCUCUGUCGAUCCAGAGCAUCCCAAAUGGGUGACAUGUCUGGUGAGUUGUAUUUUUUUAACCUAUUUAAAUAGGCAAGUCAG